CUGAUGAAGUUGAAAAGGCUUCCAAGCCUGACCCAGAAAACCCUAGUUAUGUACCAAGGAAAACAACGAAACGAGUCUUUAGUUGUUAUCUCGCACAGUUGCUUAUGCGCCUUGUACUAGGAAUUAUACACACAAUAAUACUUCAAAUGCAUUAUCAUCAACGUUUUCCGGUAGAGUUUCGGUGUGAAUUAAAUUUCUUGAGAAAAAGAGACGAGAGAGACAAUAUUACAGAUUCCAAUUUAUACGACGUUGAUAUUGGAAACUGCCAUAAUUCCGUCGGGUCAGAGAAGUCAUUUUGGGUAAACGUGAUGUUUGGCGUACAGAUAACGCUUGUAUUGUUAAUCAAAUCGGAACUUUUGUAUCUUGUUUAUAAAGUCUGCAUGACAGGAAAACAUUUCAUAACUGACUCUGAGUUUUGUGAAAGGUAUCUUCUACGCAUGAAAAAAACUGUCCUGAUUUACCGAACACAAAUUCUUGAACAGACGAAAUUCGAGGAAGCUCUGAUUGAGAUAAACACUGGAGAACCGGGCCAAAGGGUCGAAAAACAAGAGGUAGAUGAUAUCUACGUGGACGUGAUCAUUCAUUCUGGAAGAGUCAUUCAUCACUUCGAGAAGGCUAAGCGGCAUGAAAAUUUAAACGUCCAUCUUAGAAUUCCUGAAAACUCAGUUAUCGGAAAGCAUGCAGAUUUCUUUGAUGACUCGAUUUUAAAGGUUCUUGUUGUCGGUCGUCCAGGAAUUGGAAAAUCGUUACUAUGCACUAUGCUUUUACGGGAAUCAUUACGAGGCCAACUAUUGCAGGAAUUCACUUCUGUAUUUUUGUUUCGAUUUCGACAGCUGAAUUCUGAGUUAACAACAAAAAUGACGCUGGAGCAUUUUCUAAAAAAAGCAGAUUUGAAAUCAGGAGAUGUGGAUUUGCAAUAUAUUGUGAACAAUGCUAGCAAAGUCUUAAUCAUAUUUGACGGUUUUGACGAGUUUCAUGCUCAUGACAGCUGUUUGAUUGAAGCAGAAAACUGCGCUGGAAAUGAUGUAAGUAAUGAAAUCCCUGUUUCCGCCUUCCUGGUCAAACUUUUACAAAACAAACUUCUUCCUGGAGCAAAGAUAGUCUUAACCACUAGACCCAAUGUGGUUGAAACGGCCGGCAUAUGGAAACUUUUCUGUGGCAACAAUUGUAACGGUAGAGAACUAGAAAUAUUAGGAUUUACUCCUGAUAAAGUACAUUCCUAUGUAAAAACGUAUUGCGGCGGUGACUCCGCUAAAGCUGAAACCAUGUGGCAACAGAUCCAUUCCAACAUCAAUCUCCGUUAUCUGUGCUACAUUCCUGUCACCUGCAAAAUUGUAUGCAUUUUACUAGAUCAUCACAUGAAAAAUGAAAACACUUGCCAGGAAUCGACAACUAACUCAUUCACGAGGCUUACUGAAGUAUAUCAACAGGCUCUUGAGAUAUUCUUAUCCAAUCAUUAUCGAGGAAAGGAACAGACAAAGCGGAAGUCGACGGACAGUUGUACGUUUUCCGAAACGCUACAAAAACCUUUAGCUGAGCUUGGAGAGGUAGCUUACAAGGGUCUCGAAGACGGACGAUUGAUCUUUGAAGAAGAUGAAGUCAGCUGCCUGGACAGUUGUGGACUUCUUCAUUGUAUGCCUCGACAUUCAAGCGGAAAGAAGAAUUUUCUUGAAUUAUUUCAAAGACCUCCAUCCCAGUAUUGCUUUAUUCAUCUUACUAUACAAGAGUUUCUAUCCGCCAAAUACCUGAUUGAUGAGAAAGUUGAAACUCACGAUCUGGAAACUUUUAUCAAAGCCAAAGCAGAAGAUGCAAACUGGCAUGUUGUGAUUCAGUUUAUAGCCGGAUUACUUCAACGCAGCCAUCCCUUGUAUAACGAGGUAACUGAAGUUAUUGAGGACAUCCUUAUUGAGAGUUUGAUGACAGAACCAUUACCAGGAAGUACAGAAGGUUGCAACGCAAUACUUAUGCUAACAUGUUUAUAUGAAUUGAACGACGAUGAAGUCGCGAAGAGAAUUGCAAGUGCUUUUACCUCACAUGGGCACUUUGCAGAAAAAGGGGUUGAGCUUCGCUGCUGUAGUAUGACGCCUAUCGAUUGUGCGGCCGUGGUUUAUUUCUUAAAUCACUUUGAAACAGAUUUGGAAUGGUCACUUGAUUUAAAGUCCAACAGCAACCUUGAUGAUACUGGAUGUUUAGAACUUGCUAAGAUGGUUCAGUGCGGAGGUCCAGCUAAACUAAACAUUUCACGUUGUGGUGUUAGUGAUCAAGGUCUGCGAAACUUGGUGGAAGCUGCUGCAAUGAAGGAUUGUAGGCUCACCGAGUUAGAUAUUGGAGGCAAUGCUGAUGUUACAGAUCAAGGUCUAUCAUACCUUUCUGAUGCUCUUAAGAGUGAAGACUGCAAACUCCGUGUGUUAGACCUCCAUGGCAUUGUUUUAACAGAUAACAAACUAACAGUCCUAUGUGAGGCACUUCAUCACCCUAACUGUAAGCUGAACGAAAUACGUAUAAGUCUUGGUGUUCUUGCAUACGCCGACUCCCACCCACAUGAACGCCAUGCUUUUCAGCAGUUACGCCAAGCCCUUACCCAUGAAUCGUGCUGUCUGACUGUAUUAUGCCUUUGGAAUAGCCAAAUCACAGAUGAAGGUCUUGCAAUGCUUUGCGAAAUUCUUAUCCAUGAAAACUGCAAAGUUAAUGAUUUAAAUCUCAUAAAAACUCGCGUUAAAGUACAGGGAAUUAGUAGCUUAUGCCAAGCACUCGUCCACCAAGAUUGCAAGCUCACAAAGCUGAACUUGGAAGAAAUCGAGGUCACUGACGAAUGUGUCAAGAGUAUUUGUGACAUGGUACAAAAUACGAAUUUCAAGUUAAAUUUGCUAAAUCUGCGUAAUAAUAAAUUUACAAGACAAGGUGCAGCACAGAUUCGUCAAGCAUGCGCAGUCAACGACUGCGUCCUACAUAUCUAAAACUGCUAAUAAAAAACUCUCACUAUCCAGUGAUAGCUUCUGUUUUUACCAUUGAACAGAGUAAUCACUAAAGUUGCAAGAUCUAAGAUAAGCCAAUGUUUCUAUUUUGUAGUCAGACAAGUGACUAUUAUUGUACGUACACAUAGUUUGAGAAAAGACAACGCCUUCUGAUUGCACAAGAAGAACUGACGUCUUCAAUCUUUAAAGUUUUGCGUGUUUGUUAGCUAUGUUAUCAAUAGUUUCUUCGUUGAGAUUUUUUUCUUUUGGUAAAGUUAUAAAGAUAUUGGCUGGAAUAUAAUUUUUUAAAAAGUUUGCGGUUUAUUGAUAGCCAUGACAUUAUCGAAUAGAUACGGUCGCAGUGGUGAUCAAUAAUCCGGAUUAUGAAACGCUGGUGUACAAUUAUGAUUGUAUUGCUAGGCUUUGUUCAUACUUCAUUAUCAAUUAUUAAGCUCUUUCGUUAUUCAGUUCAAGAAUAGCGCUAACACCAUCCAUUGGAGGAAUAAAUCAAAACAUAACCAAACAUGAUGAAAAUAAAAAUUAAUAAAUAAU